AUGUCUGAUAAUCAAGAGUUCAGCGAAACCUUCAAGAAGAGCCUGGAAGUGCGCGGAGAGAUUCUCGGCGAGCGAUACGUCACCAACGCCGUCGAGUCGCUGCAGAACGAAUAUUUCUGUCCAGCCCAAGUGUUGGUCACCGAGUGUGCCUGGGGCACAGUCUGGACGCGUCCUGGGCUGGACAGAAAUCAGAGAAGCUUGCUUAGUGGGUAUACCGGAAUAAUCAUCAAGGUCCGGAGUAAUGGAUCUGAUGUGGUUAUCAAUUCCAACAGCCCUAUCGGCCUCCAUACUCGCGAUAGGUGCCCCGCUUGA